AUGACAAAACCAGAGGCGCCUCCACUUCUGUCAACUCCCGCCACUCAUAUCUUUGAGAAGCAGCCGGCGGUGUCUGUCGAAAAUUCAAGUUUAAGGCUCUCGGAUGAGCAGCUUUAUGUUAUAUACGAAAUAGAGCGGACAGUGGCUGAGAUUAGAAAAGAAAAUUUCUCCCGAGUAGCUUUGCAGUUUCCGGAUAUCAUGCUGCCAGAUGCACCAAGAGUCUUCGAGGCAUUGAGCAAAGGCCUGGAUCCUACAACGUCAUCUUCAGAUCAGCAAAGAACUCAAUCAUUUGACUCACAGCGGCUGGUUGACGGUGUGGAGAAGCUGAGCAUGACGUCCGAAAAGCUACCUGCGGUGAGACUAUAUAUACUUGCUGAUACUUCCUACGGAGCUUGCUGUGUCGAUGAGAUCGCGGCUGAGCACAUAAGCGCUGAUGCUGUUGUACAUUAUGGCCGAGCUUGUUUGUCACCUACUGCCAGGAUACCAGUCAUCCAUAUCUUUACCGUUCAGCAGCUCCAAGACCAAUCCAGCCUUCUUGAGGAUUUCGAGGACUUCUAUGUCGACCGCCGAGCGAAGGUCAUUCUUACGGCAGACGUGACAUAUCAAGAUCACCUAGAGAGAAUAGCAGCAGUCUUGCAAUCUCGCGGAUAUAGCAACCUUUACAUGACAAAUAUAAUGCAUGAUCCUUCUUCGCCUUUACCAAAUCGCACCAUUCCAAACGAAGUAAAGGCUGAUCCUUCCAAGCUCAAAGAUUGGCAGCUCUUUCACAUUUCCGAUCCGCCAGAAUCACUUUUGCUUACUCUAGCUUCCCGUUUGGCUAGCAUCCGUAUCUAUCCUACCUCUAGGAUAGAUGACGAGCGCAAUCGCGAACCGUUCUUGGCAUCAACAAGUCGGGCGCUGAAUAGAAGAUACGCUCUGUUGACAUCUGUUAGCACUGCCUCUAUUUUUGGAAUCCUGAUCAAUACCCUAAGCGUAAGGAACUACAUGCACAUUGUUGAGCACGUCAAGUCCCAAAUACAGGCCGCAGGCAAGAAAAGCUACACCUUUGUAGUCGGCAAAGUGAACGCAGCAAAGGUAGCUAACUUCAGUGAGAUCGGCGCGUGGGUUGUUAUUGGGUGUUGGGAGAGCUCUUUGAUUGAUAGCAAAGAUUUCUGGAAGCCCGUCUUGACGCCAUUUGAGCUGGAGCUGGCAUUGAAGGGAGAUAGUGAGCGAGUCUGGACUGGAGAGUGGAGCAGUGAUUUUCAGAGCAUACUGCAAGAGUCGACUCAGCCUGAAGAUGAUACUGCGAGGGGCAAUGGAUUCAAGACAGAUGGCGAGAGUGAUGACAGGAAUGGUAGUGAGCUUGACUCAGAAGAGGAGUCGGCGCCGCCAGACUAUGAUCUACGGACUGGACGUUAUGUUUCUCAUACAAGGCCCAUGCGGACGUCUCAUUUGAAUGCAUCUACUGGCAAGAAUCCGCCCAGCGAUUCCCUCGUCAGGCGGGCCAAAGGUGACCUGGCUGUUGUCGGCGGCGAGGCUUCUCCUGGGGCCGAGUAUCUGAAAUCGAAGAGGAUAUGGAAGGGGCUUGGAAGUGACUUCGAGAUUGCAUAUGAAGAUGCAGGAGCCGCCAUAGAGCGAGGCAGAAGUGGCAUUGCAAGAGGCUAUACUCACGAUCGGAAGGAUUCAAGAAUCUGA